GCACCUCUCUCCAGCAGAGGGAUGAGCCGCUGGGCAGAGAACCUGAGGGCCUUCCUGGCCCAGGUGGAGGCCAAAGCAGGGCAAGAGAAAGGGAAGUUGGCGGAGGAAUUCCAGGAAAUCAAAGCCCGGGCUGUGGCGUUUCGGCAACAGCAGAGCAUUUCAACAGAGGCUGGUGCCAGCAAGGAGAAUGUCAAGAAGAACCGUUACAAAGACAUCUUGCCAUAUGAUCAGACCAGAGUUGUUCUGAACAUAUUGACGGAAGAAGGACAGACGGAUUAUAUCAAUGCCAAUUUCAUCCAGGGUGUGGAUAAUAAGAGAUGCUACAUUGCGACACAAGGGCCUCUUCAGCACACUGUGCUUGACUUUUGGCGCAUGGUUUGGCAAUACAGAGUCAAGGUGAUUGUCAUGGCCUGCCGGGAAGUGGAAAUGGGCAAGAAAAAAUGUGAGCGUUACUGGCCCUUGGCAGAUGAGACGUUGCACUUCGGACCUUUCUCCAUAGCACAGGCUAAAGAACAGGAACUCAAUCCAGAUGUCAUUCUGCGGAUGCUUACUGUGACAUUCCAGAAGGAGGAACGGACCAUCUCCCAUUUCCAGUACGUGGCUUGGCCAGACCGGGGCAUCCCCGACACCCACGGCUACUUCCUUAACAUGAUCGAACAAGUGAGGACCAAGCAGGGCGAGGACAGCGCUCCCAUCAGUGUGCACUGCAGCGCCGGCUGUGGGAGGACGGGUGUGAUCUGCACGUUGGACUACAUCCGGCAGCUGCUGCUGAAACAGAGAAUCCCUCCGCACUUCAGCAUUUUUGAUGUCGUCCUAGAAAUGAGGAAGCAGAGGCCGGCUGCCGUUCAGACCCAGGAGCAGUACGAGUUUGUCUAUCGUGCAGUUAUUGAAAUGUUCCGGGCUGCCUUGGGCAUCUCUGUCCCAAACUAUGAAAACCUCAAGGAGAACCGUCUUCCUCUGUAUGACGACGCCCUCUCCUUCCGGCAUCCGGCGGUGCCCCUGCUCAAACGAAGCACCAUCCUCCGGAGUAUCUCGGUGCCCACCGAUCCCACCCCUUCAGCUCUUCCGGAACUGCCACCAAAGAUGGGGGAUACCUACGCGGUUGUGAACAAGCUCCGGCGAAGCGGAGGAGUGCCUUCUCCCACCGGUGAGGCCCGGCAAGACGGAGCCGCACCCCUGUACGCUUCUGUGACGCCUCGGGCCAGCAACGUCCCUGACUCCUCAACGGUUGACCCCAACGCCUUUGUGGGGUUACAAGCCAGCCAUUCGCUGCCUGGAAGCCCCAUAAGGCGGCCACCCCCCAGCUCAGCCUGUGAAUACGCCACUGUUAACACAUCUGCUCCAGCUGAUACCUCUUCUAGAGCUACCACGCCCCCAUCUCAUUCCAACGGACUUGGCAAAAACUUCCUGAGGAACUUGAUGCCCCCAGUUUUUAUUUCAUCGCCUGGGAAAAAAGCUCUGACGUCACCCCGAAAUAUCCCCCCACAAGCAUAUGAAGACAUAGGUGAUCCUGUUCCCCGGGGCGUCUCAAACACGGCGGGGUCUUCCACCAAUCCAAUGGGGUUUAACUUCCGCAUCGGAAAGCCGAAAGGACCGAGAGACCCUCCCGCAGAGUGGAGCCGGGUGUAG